GUGUCUGCGCCGGAAGUUGCCAAUAAAGCUGCAGCGGUGCCCGAGGUGUCCUUGUGUCAUGGCGGAUUACCGGGAGGCCCCGCUGGCCAGCCGGCCGGACAGUCUGGAUCCCCGGCAGUAUUACCAGCUGAACCCCGAGCACAGACGGGCUGAGGAGGAGCGGCUGGCACUGAGAGCCCAACUAAAGAGGAAAUACCAAGUGCAGCUCAAUAACCCCCACAGGAGGGCGCUGGUGGAAGACCCAGCCUUGGACCGUUGGAUGUUUGCUCGAAACCGAAACAUAUAUCCCAACUUCAGGCCCACUCCGAAGACCUCUCUGAUGGGCCUGCUCUGGGGAGUGGGGCCACUCUUCUUCUGGUACUACGUAUUUAAAACAGACCGGGACCGCAGAGAGAAACUAAUCCAAGAGGGGAAAAUAGAUCGGACGUUCAAAAUAGCUUACUGAUUCCUUGUGGCCAAACGUAUCUCUCUGCCCCCCUCCCUGAGCCAUCAGGAUUGUAUAAAAUGUGAUAAACCAAUAAAAUACUAUGUUAUCAAAUGUC